CUUCUGGGCUCAAGGAGGAGAAGAGGAAUCUACAAGCCGACAAGAUGAGAUCCAAGGCGAGGGCGAGGAAACUGGCCAAAAGUGACAGCGACAUUGUAAAUAAUAUGUAUGAGCCUGACCCGGAUCUGCUUGGCGGUGACAGCGCGGAAGAGGAGACAGAGGACAGUAUUAUGUCACCUAUUCCUGUAGGACCUCCCUCACCCAGCGAAGACUUUACCCCAAAGGAGGGGUCACCCUAUGAAGCCCCCGUCUACAUUCCUGAUGAUAUUCCAAUCCCCCCUGACUUUGAACUGAGAGAAUCGUCUAUACCAGGAGCUGGUCUAGGAAUUUGGGCCAAGAAGAGAAUUGAAAUUGGGGAAAGAUUAGGACCUUAUAUCAUGAUACAGAAGACCACAUUAAAGGAAACUAAUCUAGGAUGGGAACAAAUUCUGCCUGAUUCCGAAGUGACAUCACAAGAUGGCUGUCUAAGAAAGGUUUCAGAGGAGCUGGUGGAUGAAAAGUUAUGCAUUGAGAACAACCAAUCAGGUUCCGGGAACUGGCUUAAAUUUAUUCGAAUUGCUUGCUCCUGUGAUGAACAAAAUUUAGCCAUCUGUCACCUGAAUGACCAGCUUUUUUAUAAAGUUAUAAAAGACAUUGAGCCUGGAGAAGAAUUGUUGGUUUAUAUGAAGGAAGGGAAUUUUUCCCUGGGAAGUAUGCCCCCAAAUCUUGAAGAGGAACACACAUUUCGCUGCGAAGACUGUGACGAACUCUUCCAGUCCAAGCUAGAUUUAAGGCGGCACCAGAAAUAUGCUUGCAACACAGUCAACCACAUAUAUGAGUCUCUGAGCGAAGAGAUCAAACAAGAGGGGUUUGAGAAUGAACAAGCACAUGAGUGCAAAGACUGUGAACGCCUCUUCCCCAACAAAUACAGUUUGGAGCAGCAUAUGAUCAUUCAUACCGAAGAACGGGAGUACAAAUGUGACCAGUGUCCCAAAGCCUUCAACUGGAAAUCCAAUCUGAUUCGCCAUCAGAUGUCACAUGACAGUGGCAAGAGAUUCGAGUGUGAGAACUGCGUAAAGAGCGAGUCCUGGUUUCCAAGUGAUCUUCCUUCCAGAUUACCCAUAUAUUUGAACUGCAACAACAACACUGAAGCGGAACCUCACACACCUAAAGUAGACGUUUUCACUGACCCCAGCAACCUCCAAAGGCACAUCCGUUCCCAGCACGUUGGAGCCCGGGCACACGCCUGCCCUGACUGUGGCAAAACAUUUGCCACCUCGUCGGGGCUCAAGCAACAUAAGCACAUUCAUAGCACUGUCAAACCUUUCAUAUGUGAGGUCUGCCAUAAAUCGUACACACAGUUCUCCAACCUGUGUCGUCAUAAACGAAUGCAUGCAGACUGCCGCACACAGAUUAAAUGCAAGGACUGUGGACAGAUGUUUAGCACUACCUCCUCCCUCAACAAGCACCGACGCUUCUGUGAAGGCAAAAACCAUUACAAUCCCGGUGGGAUGUUCGCUCCUGGUCUGCCCUUGACCCCAAGCUCUUUGAUGGACAAGUCUAAACCUUCUCCAAACAUGAAUCACUCUAGCCUUGCUUUCAAUGACUAUUUUUCUUCUAGGGCACAUCCAGGCAGUUUGGCAUUUUCACCGGCUCCUCCUCCGUUUCCAACUUUAGCACCUGGAUUUCCAGGAAUUUUCCCUCCAUCGUUGUACCCCCGACCACCUUUAUUACCUCCUUCCCCACUGCUGAAAAAUCCCUUGAACCAUGCACGAGAAGCAAAGCUUCCCAGUCCGAUAGGCAGCCACCAACUGUCCCUCAUGUCCUCUUUGAACAGCAGCAACAGUAACCAGCUGCUCUCUCUGGAGGAAAAGUUUGAGAACAGUAUGGAAAAUUCAUACCUAGAAAAACAUAAAUCUAGGAGCAGUGACCUAUCAGAUGGAAGUGACUUUGAAGAUGUCAACACCACCUCGGGGACCGAUCUGGACACCACCACUGGCACUGGGUCUGAUUUAGACAGUGAUGUAGAUAGCGAAAGAGACAAAAACAAGGAGAAAAACAAACCCAUAGAAAACAAACAAGAUAUUGUCAGUAGUUCCGUUUCUAGUAGUUCUAAUAAUAACAUUGGCGAGAGGCCAUUUUUCUACACUCAACAUUCCUUCUUUCCACCUCCAGAAGAGCAGUUGCUUCCAUCAAUGGGGGCAGCAAAUGACUCUAUCAAAGCUAUUGCUUCUAUAGCUGAGAAAUAUUUUGGACCUGGAUUUAUGGGAAUGCAAGAAAAAAAAAUGGGUUCCCUCCCCUAUCAUUCCAUGUUCCCCUUUCAGUUCCUCCCCAACUUUCCUCAUUCUUUAUACCCAGCUUUUACAGAUCGGACAGUAAAUCACAACUUACUGGUGAAAGCUGAAUCAAAGUCUCCUAGGGACCACCAGAAGGUUAGCAACUCCAGCUCCGAGUCACCGUUUGAUCUCACCACCAAACCAAAAGAGAUUAAGUCAGCCUUAAUACCGCCCAAGGUUUUGGUACCUCAGACCUCAGGAGAGGAGCAGCCAUUGGACCUUAGCAUUGGUAACAGAAGUAGAGCCAGUCAGAACGGAGCGAGGGAGACGCGGAAGAACCAUAUCUAUGGUGACAGGAAGAUGCUGACGGGUGAUAUGCUUUCGAAAAUCCCUCCACCUCCUCUUCCGCAGCAGCCGCCUCUUCACUACGCAAAACCUUCGCCUUUCUUCAUGGACCCCAUUUACAGCAGGGUGGAAAAGCGGAAGGUGACAGACCCUGUGGGGGCAAUGAAGGACAAGUACUUACGCCCAUCUCCUCUCCUUUUUCACCCCCAGAUGUCAGCCAUUGAAACCAUGACUGAAAAGCUGGAAAGUUUCGCCAACUUGAAAAGUGACACAGGAAGUUCGUUACAACCCCUCCCACACCAUCCUUUCAACUUUCGCUCUCCACCCCCAACUCUAUCAGAUUCAAUCUUGCGGAAAGGAAAAGAACGCUAUACCUGCAGGUACUGUGGCAAAAUCUUCCCACGAUCAGCAAAUCUGACCAGACAUCUCAGGACCCACACAGGAGAGCAACCAUACAGAUGUAAAUAUUGUGACCGAUCUUUUAGCAUCUCCUCCAACCUUCAGCGGCAUGUACGGAACAUACAUAACAAAGAGAAACCGUUCAAAUGUCACUUGUGUAAUAGAUGUUUCGGACAGCAGACCAACCUGGACCGACACCUUAAAAAACAUGAACAUGAAAAUGUUCCAGUGAGUCAGCACUCAGGAGUAAUUGGAAAUCACCAUGGAACCAGUGUUUCGUCCCCUAACUCCGAAUCAGAAAACCAUGCACUUUUAGACGAGAAAGAAGAUUCCUAUUUCUCGGAAAUUCGAAACUUUAUUGCAAAUAGCGAGUUGAAUCAAAAUUCAAGUUUAGCAGAAAAAAGAACAGAAAUUCAGGAUAUUGACAGUAGUUCUAAGUGUUGUGGCCUAGGCAACCAGAAACCAGAAGAUGUGGAUGAAGAUGAUGAUGAUGAUCUUGAAGAAGACUAUGAAGAUGGAAGUCUCACAGGAAAGUCGCACGAUGAGACCGUUUCUCCUACAAUGGAGACACAGGAACCAUAUGAGGAGGAUGAGGAAGAUGAAGAACCCACAUCCCUCACUAUGAGUUUUGAUCACACCCGAAGGUGUAUUGAGGAGGAAGAUGCCCGCCUGUUAGAUGUGGAGCAGAUUCCGAAUUUUGGGAAGGGGCUGGACCUUCGAAAAACAGCAGAGGAAGCAUUUGAAGUAAAAGAUGUGUUUAAUUCCGUCUUAGACUCUGAGACAUUAAAAGAAUCUCUGUACAGGCAGGCUAAAAACCAGGCUUAUGCAAUGAUGUUGUCUCUCUCUGAGAAUACUUCUCUACAUCCUUCUUCCCACAACUCCCUGGACACCUGGUUGAACAUGGCUGGUGCAGCAUCAGAAUCAGGGGCUUUUAACCCUAUGAACCAUUUGUAAAAAUACAAAUAAUACGUACAAACAAUGUUACAAUGUCAACCUUUCCGGCAAUGCAGAAGAUAGCUUGAAGGCAUCGAAGGGUCGUUAGGAAGAAACAUGGUGUUUCCUGCGACUUUGGCUACUGUUCAAUAAUCCUUUUGUUAAUUUUUUUUUUUUUUUGCGGGUCCUCUCAAAAGGUUUUCUUGUCUGUGGGAUAGGCCAAACUAAUGGCACACAUUCAGUACAUUCAUCCAAUUGUCUCUUGUGAAUUAUCAUACAGGCAUGCAUAAUAUAUGCAUUUAAAACCACUAGAAAUAUUUUACUUUGCAAACAUAAAAUGUAAAACCCAUAGGAUGGGUGGAAACCUUCAUGGUGCUGUACAAAAUUACUUUGUAAGAAGGUGUUACAUUGGUGUAUCAACUAGAGCCCAUUAAUGUCAACUUGGAGACAGACUUGUUAAGCAGAAGUUCACCCUAUGUGCCUGACAUUCAGUGACUGUAAGAAAACAGUUAUGUCUUGUUAGAUCUAGUUAAUGAAUGAUUUAAAUGGCAAAAUUGAAUAUAUUCCAAAAUAAUAGGUGUGCACACAUUUCCGUACAAUGACCAUACAGUAUGUAGAAAUUGUGAUUAAUGUGUAUCCUGAUGGUAGAGGGUAAAAACUGUUAUACAUUUGAUUAUUGUAUACAAAAAUUGGAAUAAAAGUCUCUAAAAUGGGAAAUUUGUAAUGUUUAAUAUAAAAAAAAAGUCCAUUAAUAAUUCACAUGUCAGGGGUUUAGCCCAGUAGUAAAAAGAAAACAAAAGCAAUAUAUAGUUUGCCGAAUAAUUUGGAUGGUAAAUAUCUGCAUUAAGAUAGACAUUUCCAUAAGCAUAGAUAACUAUAAUUGCUAUGGCUCACAGUUUGCAAUUGUGUGUUUGCCACAAAAGAAUUUCAGAGGCAUUCCCAGAAUUCCACUGGUUUGUACAAACUAAAAAUAUGUUAGUUAAACUAGAUUGUUAAUGGACUUUACAGGUAGCCAGUAAAACUGCAAGAGUUUUAAUCAGAAUACCAGCGCAGACACCACUGUUGUCUUUGUCAUGAGAGGGCAGUAUCCACAAAGAAAGUUUUGAUUUGAGUAUUUAAUAAUGAAAAAUAUACAAUUGAGGUGCAUAAGGUUUUAAGCCUUUUUCUGAUGUAGCUUGAAAAUAUUGGAAGCUGCUUAUAUAGACAUUUUUUACUAUCCUAAUGAUUUUCAAAACUCAACAUUUACAAGUUAUACCUCUUGGUAGAACACAUGUUUAUGUAGAGAAAAAUCAAAAUUUUCCAUUUUUUUUAACUUUUAAAUUAUUCUGCAAUGGGGCCAAAUAAAAAUAUUAAAACGUUAAAAAAAUAUAGUAAUUUGAAAUAUUUUUUUUUUAUCUGUAUAUAUGUUGUAAUUUUCCCCUCUGAUUUCUUUCUUAUUUUUAUUUGAUAACAGUAUUUUUGCAUUAGAUUUCAUUAUUGUGAAGAAAUGUUAAUAUAAGUGACUAGUGAGGACCAAAGCAGAGUAACAAGGUUUUUGUGCUGUACAAUAUAAACGGUGUUAGAAAACUUCGUGUGCCAAAUAAGGUUAAAAACAUUUUUUUUUGUUAGUUAUUUGCAGAUUACAGCCUUUUAAAAGUAUCAUCUUUCAACGUCAUAUUCUCUAGUUCGAUAGAGGCUUAAAGCUGUGAUCAAUUGUCAGUUUUAAAGACUACCACAAAUGAUCUUGCUGCGGUAUUCCAGACAAUCAUAUGUUUGUACAUUUUUUUUUUCGUUUCUAAUUAUGGGUUUUUUGCCUAAGUAUUGUAUUUAUUUGUUGUGUGUUGGGGAGGGGGUGUACAAAGACAAUUUGUGUCUUAAAAAUUAUUAAUUUUCUAAUGGUUUCACUUAAGCAAACAGCAACAUUGUGAUAUGAAGAAACUAAACUCACAAUUACACAAUGGCGAGUGCCAUAUUUUUUUUUUAAAUAUGUCACUGUCUCAAAGCUCAAAAAUGUUUAAAAAGCACUCUGUAAUGUACUGUAUUAAAAGCACUAGACACCUGGUUAAAUUAAAAAGAGAAACAAAUGUAAAUAUUUAGGUGUGUGGAAAAUUUAGUGAAAUUAAGUAUACCUUUCCCUUUAUCGAAGGUUUCAUUCCUUACCAUUCAAAUGGGACUUGAGUCAGGAGCUAAAAUAACCAUCCUUAUACAGUAAUGUCAUAUUUUGUUAUCAUAACGGCAUUGCAAAGUAUACACUGGAGGAGAUGGCAUCACCUCAGAUACACGUAGAGUAAAUCUUGUGGGCUUUUGAAUUUCAAGCUAAAAAUAUGUAAAUAUAAUGUUUACAAAGUUAUGCUAUUCUGCGAUUCGUCUCCUAGAGGGGGCCGUCUACAUUUUGCAAAACCAUAAUUCCUGAAUCCAUUGCAUGCCUUCAAUUUCUUGGUAGGUUUUUUUUUUUUUAAAGCUCAACUACUCAUAUUACAUUGCCCUAAUUUUGCUGUAGCAUAAAUUGUUCACUUUUUACAUAGAUUGGAAUCCCUUCUUUAUGCUCUGGCACUGAAUUGAUGAGAAAGGAUUGUAAGGCAAUAAAAGUUACUUUAACACGGGUUUGGCUAAUAGAAACGUGUCUACCAUAUCACCCAAAUUGGACGUUCCUUACUAUAAAUGACGUAUGACAUGCUCCAUCAUCAUCAUCAUCAUCAAUAAUAUGAAAAACGAAUAAUCCUGGUUUUUAAUGAAGACAUUAUUAGCUAACGCUUAGUAAGAUGAACAUUACAACAUACAUUAAAAUAUACUAAUAUUGAUUAUUAUUGCUUUCUGAAUUUUUAAAAGUAAUUUUGCCCUUUUCCACAUAACUCAAAAAGCACUAAGCUUCUUACAUCACUAUACUUUGACACUGCAUAAAAGUUAUGUUGACAGAGUUACCCUGCUACCUAUAAGUAUUUCUUGUGAGCCAUAGUAUGAAGUUGCUUGGACUAGUCAGUAGAAAACAAUUCAAGUUAUUGGGCGGUAUUCAAUUCUUGUCACCUCCUUCCACACCCGUUCUGUUUCUGCCCUCGGGGGCAUGGUAUAAUCAUUUCAGCUCGCUACCCCCAGCGAGGCACCCAACCCUUUACACAGCUAAACCUGAUCACUAUGGGCGCAAUAUGCGCGAUAAUGAGGAUCAUUUUAGAAAGGAGAUUUAAUCAUUUUAAUACCGCCCAUUGAGUUUUAAGAAAGAAUUCACCUUUUGAAGUCAUCAUGCAUUCUAAGAAAAAUACAGUUUAUUAGAUAGUGGGCAUUACUUUACGAAAAAAUAUUGACAUUAUUUGUCCUAAAUAAACUAACAACUCAUUAAGUUCGGAUUGUAAACACAUUGUUCUCAUUCAGCAGAUAUAAAACACUCAUAAAAUGUUAAACUAGUCCUAAAAUGUUACCCUUAUACAAAUUAAUUUAGUAACUGAAAAAUAGAAUGUACUAAAGGUUUAGAGCUGCAUGCUGUGUAACUUGGAAGGCGCCCAAGAUCUUAAAACAGUGAGCUGUCAAAUAAAGCAUUUCUUCAAACAGUUCCCUGUAGAAUGCGUACUACAAAAAGGAAAUUAAAUAGCUGGUAACACCCCUCCACUAAAAAGCAAAGAGUGUCUAAUAAAAUGAAUCUCAGGAGAUGUUACCAGGCAAAAAAAAAGGUUGUGAUCAUGCAAGUUCGUAUAUAUAUAUAUAUAUAUAUAUAUAUAUAUAUAUAUAUAUAUAUAUAUAUAUUAUGUGCAUGUGUGUGUACAAAGUAAGUAUGCUUCUCAGAACAGCGGUGAUUUAAUUUUGACACUACAGUGUACCAUAUAUACCAUUAGGUGAGUAGAUUCAGGUGGUUUACAAAAUUGGUCUCCAGUGAUAUUUUGGAAUCUAUCAGACAGACAGACACGUUAUUGAAUUUAAAAUUCACAUUGUGUUUAUAACAGAAAUUUGAUAAACUUUCUAGCAUUAACUUUACUUUUUAGUUAAUUAUGUCUAAGGGGCAGUUCAUAUUUUUAUUUAAAUUAUCUACAGGGUAUUUCCAACUGCAUGACUCAAAUAUCCCAGCUGUAUUCAAUUUUAAAUGUUCAAAAACCUAUUUGUUUAAAUUAUGCAAAUUUUGUGUUUCUUAUUGUUUGUUUUCUUACUUUCUCUUGUAACGAAGCUAAUAACAUACAUUCAAGUGCAUAAAGACACCAAAUAUUCACUAAACAACCCACCAGUUUGUCUGCAAUCUAUAUAUUACAUUUUACAAUAAAGUACUUUUGUGUAAAUUAAUUUAUUGCAAAAUCCUCAAUUUUUCUGAGAGAUAUCUUAAAUUGACAAAUUACUUGACCAGUUUUUUUUAAACACAUUAUAAUAUAAUAGUAAUAUGUAUAUCAUUUAGUAAUAAUUGGCUGUUUUUAAUUACUAUCAUUUUAAAUAUUUAAAAAAUAAGUAACAUUUCAUGAUUCAUUGUUAAAUUCUAAGGUCAUUGGACUUAAUUUUUUAAAUAUGUAUAUUUAAAAAAAAAAGAAUAUAAUCUCUUAAUGUUAAAUAGUGACCAUUGUUUUAAAGUUAAUAACUGAUUUGUUAAAUUCCUGAAUGCAUCAGUGAAGGAGACUGGUAAUUUCCCAACAGUGCAAAGCACUUAAACUAUUUUUUACAAUGUUUUUCCUUUUUCAAUUCUGUACAACACAUAAUAGAUAUGUAGUUCACAGGAUCUGCUGAAAGUACACAUUUUAAGCAUAUUAACAUUCCUCAUCAUUAAAUAAAAGACCAUGCAAAAUGUUUCCAUUAAUUGACUCCAAAACCUCUAAACUGAAUUCAGUUUACUUCAUAAUUUAUACUUUUACGCUCAGCGACCAACAUUGCCUAACCCUGUCUUGGAGAACAUAUGAGUGCAUACUUUAAUGCAUUAACUGAAUAUUUAGGUUUUUAUAGGUUUCUAAAAUUUUGUUGCCAAGGUGACUAUACUAGUGUUUUUUUUUUUAUUAUAAUACAAAUACUAGCUACUGCCUAAUUAUGAAAGCAUUGCAAAUACAUAGUCUUUUCUAUGUUAAAAAUAACCAGUAGAAAAUAAAAUUAUUCUAGAUUGCAAUUGUAGUGGGCAUUUGCUGUAAAAUAUCCAAAAUGUGAACUGUUGGGGCAGCUGGAUGUUUUAUGUGUAAGGCCACAUUCUGACUCUUGAUUCUUGACCUACCAGUCAGUAUCUCACAGGAUAUUGUGAUAUGUUUUAACACAACUACUGCAGACAAAGGCAAAUCUAUAUUAAUAACACAUUGAAGAAUGGUUAUUGAUUAUAUAUUGCUCAUAGAUAAGUCACAGUGCUGCAGCUGUGAAACUUUCCAAAUUUGAUUUCUUGUAGUACAAUUAAUUAUUUUUUAACUUGUCUAAGUACCAAGGACCAAGUGUGCAGGAUCUAUAUCGAAAAUCUGCCAAGAAGUAAAACAAAACUUUUAUUGACGCAAAAUGGGACCAACAUUUUAUCCAGCCAUUGACAUAUUUAAAGUAACAUUUAAAAAUGGCUGAUCCCUUGCAUGAUGUCCAAAGUAUCUCUUUAAAAAUAAGAAAGUGUUUUGUUUUGUUUUUUAUUGUAACUCCCACAAGGGAUUGUCUUUCAUAUUCAUGAGAAUGCAUUGACAUUUCAUUAGGUGUGUUCAUAAUAGACCUAAUAAAUAAAAUAAAAUAAAAAUUUCAUUUUGAAUUCCCUAUUUGGAAAAAUAUAUAUAUAUUGUACCCCUUAGUAUAAACUGUACAUUGCUGGGAAGUGAAAACAAUUGUAAAUGUCAGGAUUUCAGUUACAUUUUUUAGAGAUUUUUUUUUUCUGGAACAAUACUGUUUCUUGUUCCAUUUCCCUCUGGAUUGUAUAUUGCUUCUGUUAUGUUCAUAGGCAAAUCUGUGCAUGACUGGUGGGCUAGCCGUCAUUGUGUCUGUUUGUGAAUUUUUUUAAAAGAGGAAAAUAAAAAAUGUAAAAAAAUAAAAAAAUAAUAAUUAAAAAAAAUUCUGUAGAUGCACUUACUGUAUAUGUGAUUAGGUUCUUUGUCCGGGACUUGAUGCUUCAGCUGCCAAUGAUAUAGAGAGGGCAGCUCUUUAAUAUGAAAAUUUUUAAAUCGCUUAUGUGGGAAAAUAUAAAGAAAAAAAGAUAUGAAGUGUAGAGAAAAAAAUACAAAAAAGCGAUUUAUUUUUUUUCCGGGGAGGGAGAAAUUCUUUUUGAUGCUUGUGAUAAGACAAAUGUACUUGAGUAGAGAAAUUCCUUACGAUAAUGAAUAAGAAAGCUGAUUUUGAGUUAAUGCUGUAGAAUAGGAAUGUAUACCAAAUGUAAUCUUUCCAAUGCUACAAUGAAUUUAUACAUGAGAUUGAUAUGCAAUAAACCUGUGUGCUUUUUUAAAA